GGCACAUGCCCGACUCCCCUGUGCGCAGUUUCCCAAACUCUCUGGAACGGUCGGAUCGCUAUCCUAUGUCGCUCGCCCGGGACCGCAUACGUUAUACCCGCGCUUCCCUCGCCGUCGCUUUCUUAUCAGGAAAGGGAGGGCGCCCCGGAUUUUUCUCCCGUGAUUCGUGAGCUCUGGAUUCUUUUAUCUUGCUUGGAGCGGAGCGUCGCUAGGGUUGAGGAUGUCUGACUCUCGGAUGGAGAAAUCGUCCGGGGCCAUGGCGGAGAAGGACGUGGAGCUUUUCAUGGAGGACGGCACAAGCGACGAUGGCAGCGUGGUGGUGAAGACCGACGGCUGGGGUGGCAGCGAUUGGGAAGAGCAGGAGGAGGAGCCCUCGUCUCCGUUCUACUCUCGGCAAUGGCCCCGAAGCUACAAGGAAACAACUGAUUCUUACACAAUCACUGCAACUCCAAACUUUGGACACCUUAGGCCUACUUCGAGUCCUAGAUACUCAAGUUUGGAUAGCUGUGCUGAAGGUGGACCAAACUCAGACAUGAGAUUGCCUUUUAUAUCUGAUAGCAUAUUGGAUAAGCAAGGAUCAGAUAAGAGCUCGAGGAACACUUCAGCAGCAGAUGAGCGUGUCUUUUUCCAUGUGCAUACUGGAGAAGGGUAUACUGAACAUUGUUGUAGUGUCACUCAAACUGUCUUUAAUGGAGUUAAUGUACUGGUAGGCGUUGGUCUUCUUUCUACUCCAUCAACAGUUAAAGAGGCUGGGUGGGCUUGUAUGACACUCUUGGUUCUCUUUGCCGCUGUCUGCUUUUAUACGGGCGUUCUUAUGAAAUACUGUUUAGAAAGCAAAGACGGCAUUUCAAGCUACCCAGAUAUCGGGGAAGCUGCAUUUGGGAGAUAUGGGCGCCUUUUUAUAUCUGUUGCAUUAUACACAGAAUUAUAUUCAUAUUGCGUGGAAUUUAUUAUAUUGGAAGGUGAUAAUCUCACAAGGAUCUUUCCUGGUGCUGCUUUUGAUUUGGCUGGGCUGCAUGUUGAUUCUUUGCACUUUUUUGGAAUAUUGACUGCUUUGCUUGUUUUACCAACUGUUUGGCUGCGAGAUCUUAGAGUCAUCUCUUACCUUUCAGCUGGUGGUGUGCUUACCACUAUGCUGAUUUUCCUCUCUGUUCUCCUUAUUGGUACCACGGAUGGAAUUGGGUUCCAUCAGACUGGUAAUGCAGUGAAGUGGAGCGGUCUUCCUUUUGCCAUUGGUGUAUAUGGUUUUUGUUUCUCCGGACAUGCAGUCUUUCCCAAUAUUUACCAAUCAAUGUCUGAUCGCACAAAAUUCAACAAGGCAUUUUUGAUUAGUUUCACUCUGUGUACAGCAAUCUAUGGCUCUUUUGCCACCAUUGGAUAUCUCAUGUUUGGUGAAAGUACUCUCUCUCAGAUAACAUUGAAUUUGCCAAUGCAUUCCUUUUUCGCAAAAGUUGCCUUGUGGACAACGGUGGUUAAUCCUUUCACGAAAUAUGCGCUAUUGCUAAAUCCAAUAGCCAGGAGUUUAGAGGAGCUGCUUCCUAUGGGACCCGCAAAUGAAGUUUGGUGCUCCAUGUUACUGAGAACCACUCUUGUCAUUUCAACAGUAUGCAUUGCCUUCCUUCUGCCCUUCUUUGGUCUUGUGAUGGCUUUGAUUGGAUCUCUCCUUAGUAUACUUGUGGCUGUCAUAAUGCCAGCUCUCUGCUUCCUAAAGAUAGCAAGGAACAAAGCUACACAUUUGCAGGUUAUUGUGAGCAUUGCAAUUGUCGCAUUGGGCAUUGUCAGUGCAGCCGUAGGAACGUAUUCUUCAAUAACACGGAUCACAAGCAGCUAUUGAGAUUGUUGUCCUCAAGCUCUAGGAAGUCCAUGAUCUUGCAGUUCUGGGUAAGUCCGAGAAUUCUAAGUUGUAUUAUAUCAGGGCAAGUAUGGUGCAAUGGUAAGGCUCAAUUGUAACCUGAGUUCAAGGGGUUUAACACACGAAAACAGCUUCUACACAAGCAAAGGUGACGUUUGAUCUAUUUGACGCCCUCUAGACUGAACUGGACAUCCUUUAUACGCGCACACGUGUCAUGUGGAUUUAUAGGUCCCCAAGUGGGAAAAAAAGAAUGAUUAUUGCUGUUUAUCAGAUUUGGACACUGGAAAUCAUGCAUGUUUUGAGAGAGAUUACUAUAAUAUUUAUUAUUAUUGUUGUUCCUAUUGUUAUUACCUGAAAAUUUUGAAAGAAAAAUCAUUUUUUUUUCCCUA